AAUGAUGAUGCAGGUGAUGUUGAAAGGAAACAAGGAAGGAUUUCUUACUGUGAUCUUGCUCAUCAUAAACAGCAAUGAGUGACCCUCGCUUUCCUGUCGAUGUCCGUCUUAUCGGAGUAAUGAAAAAGGACAAGUACAAAAAAUACAUGGUAUCUGUGAUAUGGUCAGACCAGAGUGAGCUGAUAGUGUACCGAUCCCUCCAAGACUUCAAAACGCUCCAUAGGCAAUUAAAAAAGAAGUUUCCGGUGGAAAACCAAUUUCGGAAAGAGGAUAGAGUGCUACCCAGAUUUGGAGCUCAGUGCAUGAUGGCAUCGUUUCAGUUGAAAGCUCUGGCUAAGUCAGUGUCCCGUCUGAGAAAUCUGGAGAGCUACUGUUCCAACCUGUUGCAGUGUAACACGACUGUGUCACAUUCCACAGAAGUCAUUCAGUUUUUCCUGCCAAAUGAGCAGGAGCUUAUGCCGGAAUAUACCCAAAACAGUUUGAUGAUUCUGCAUUCAAACAGCAUCCCCAAUGUCAACAGAGGACCCGACUUGGCAAAUAAACGUCUGAGCAAUGGCAAUGUGACCCAGCCUUUUGUGUCCAAGACAUAUCGAUGUGUGGCUCCGUAUGAGACUAAAGAUACAAAGAACAAGCCCUUUAAAGUAGGUGUGGAUGAAAGACUGGAUGUGCUCAUUAAAGACAAAGCAGGUUGGUGGCUUGUCGAGAAUGAGGAUAAACGUCUAGCUUGGUUUCCCGCUCCUUACCUGGAAUUAUGCGGUGAAGAGGAAGAAGAGGAGGAGGACGAGUUUGACUCACCUACUUUUGAAAUGUCUCUGUACUGCGCAACAAGAAGUUACACGUCAAAAAAAGAGGACGAGCUCUCUAUGAGCAUCGGCGCUGUUGUGGAGGUGUUACAGAGGUCUGAUAAUGGCUGGUGGCUUGUUAGAUACAACAGAAAGGCCGGCUACGUGCCCUCCAUGUACCUGAAGCUCUACAGCAGCCCCAGCUUUGGCCUUCAGAAUCUUCGGAGGAAACUUCACAGCUCUGCUAUCAACCUGUCCGCCAACAACUCUUUAAAAGUGGAGCCUCAGGUUCGCUCACAAAACAGAAGAAAUAGUUUCCUCAGCUCCAGCUCUCUGGAAAUGCUGUCAGACCCCCAGAGCCAAAACAGCGAUCCGGGACAGCUCGAGGAGUCUGGCAGCUUCAGCGAUGAUGGAACCGACUUCAGCUUCAGUUCCUCGGACACCACGUCCAUGAGCCCAAGCAUGUCCAGCUCAGAGGGGGAAGAGGGCCUGAGACAGCAGGAGAAAGAGCUCGAUAGUGGUAUGUCCAGUGGCCAGUCCAGCCCCAUCAGCUCAGACGCUGGCCACCCUAUGAAAGGUGAGGGAACUCCCAGGAUACCACCCCGACCACAAACUCAGGAGAUCCUACGCCGCUGCACGACCUACACCCGUAAAGUUGCUCUGGCAACAUCUGCACGCCUUGCCCCUGAAAGAUAAACCAUGGUAGAUGAAGGUAGAGCUUGAAAGGAGUGAGAGAGUGUAUGAGUUCAAAUGAUAAGGAGAGACUUUCUACCUAUUUUUCGUCACCUUUGAGUCUUGGUAAAACACCCAUAUUAAUCUGGGUCUCUCCUUGUGAUCAUUUUUGGAGCUAUAUUAAUUAUAUCUCAAAUGAAUCAUUUGUAUUCUACAUAACCUGUUAUGGUAGUUACAGUUUACUUAUUUAAAGGAUUGUUUUUUUAUUAACCUUAUAUUCAGACUGUUAUAUUUUUGUCUUGAAGUUAAUAGUAUUCCAUACUGGAAAAAAAAUGUUGGACCUUUGAUUGUAUACCUGCAUAUGUUUCAAUAAAUGUUUUGACUGCAUUUGAA